CAGCAGUUGACUUGUGCAUGUUCAGGUUCAAGUUUACGAGUGCAGUUUGUGAAAAUCGUGUUUGAAUAUGGCAACCCAGGAAAAUGAUCAGGGUGAUGUGUUUCCAGAUUCUACUCUCCAGUCCACUCCGAAGGUUUCAUUGAGAGAAAGACAGAGCAUGGCUGAGAAGCCAGUCAAGAUUGGCACCCGGGUAGAGAUCAUCGGGAAAGGAUGGUUAGGAAAGGUAGCAUUUGUUGGAACAACAACUUUUGCAGCAGGCAAAUGGAUUGGUGUUGUACUGGAUGAACCGAAGGGAAAGAACAAUGGAACCGUGCAAGGCAAGAAGUACUUCUCAUGUCCUGAUAAUCAUGGGAUUCUUAUUCGACAAUCGCAGGUCAGUAUCUUAGAUGAUGGAGACCGCACCCCUUCACCCGUAACCACGCCCGCUUCAUCUAGCAGCAUUCCGAAACCUUCCGCAGCCAAGGGCAAGGUUGAUAGUGCCUUAGCGUCCAAGCAGUCGAGAGCUGCAAUGUACGCCAAAAAGUUGACAGAACGCAAUUUAGAGAAAAGUGCCAAUAAUGGUGGUAGAAAGUCAUCCAUUCCUUCGUUGAUGCGGCGGUCCGGCGACAUUCCAACCCCGCGAAGAAGCUCCUCCCCAUCUGGUAUCCAAGCGCCGAAGUCUAUCCAACGCCCGUCGACCAAGCCAGGCACCAAGAUCGGAAAGCCUGCAUCUUCCUCCUCCUCCUCUUCCAAUGCCCCUUCACCAACUCCGGCCUCAGCCCAGGCCCCUGCCCCCGAGCCGUUGGCCUCAGUGAGUAGCCAGGGUGAUGGAUCCUCGUCGGAGGAGGCGGAGAUCCUCAAGCUGGAGGUGAAGGAUCUCCAGGAGAAGCUGGAUACGUUGAAGAUGAAGAGGGCAGAGGACAGGGCCAAGCUGAAGGAAGGGGAGAAGAUGAGGAUUCAGCUCCAACAGCUCCAAGAGUUCAAGUCCAAGAUGAUGGAGGCCAAGGUCGAUCUUGAACGCCAGCUCCAGGAGGCCAAGAACGAAGCCAGAGAGGCCGUGGAGGAGAGGGAGCGCCAUGCAGAGGAGAUGGCUGGUGUCGCAGAGACCAUCGAAAUGGCUACCCUCGAUAAGGAGAUGGCUGAGGAGAAAGCUGACACCCUCCAACAAGAGGUGGACUCGCUCAAAGAGCGUGUGGAGGAGUUGACCCUUGACCUUGAGCUGUUGCGUAGUGAGAUCGAAGAAGGAGGAACGGAAGGUGCAUCAGCCAGCUACCAACUGAAGCAGCUUGAACAGCAGAACAAUCGUCUCAAGGAAGCUCUAGUCAAACUGCGUGACCUGUCAAACACUGAGAAACAGGAGCAUCAGCGAGCUCAGAAGGACAAGGAGAAGCUGUCUCAAGAACUCAAAGACAUCAAGGCACAGAAAGACAGUACCAACAAAGCUCUUAAGGAUGCAGAAAAUACCAUCAUUGAACUGAAAGAACAGGUGGAUGCUGCACUAGGAGCAGAGGAGAUGGUGGAGAGCCUGACUGAAAAGAAUCUUGAGAUGGAAGAGAAGUUCCAGGAACUAGAGGCCACCAUGGCUGAUCUCGAAGCGAUGAAUGAUAUGAACGAGGAGCUCCAGGAGAACGCGAGGGAGACAGAGAUGGAGCUGAGGGAGGAGCUAGACAUGUCCAAGAGCCAGAUCUCUCAAUAUCAACUCAAGAUAAAUCAAUUCCAGGAGAACAUCCAAGAUCACCAGGAGACCAUUGCCAAGUUCAGGCAGCUCACUGCUUCCCUUCAGGAAAAGAAUCGUGAUCUGCUGAACCAGACCCAGUCCAGUGAAGCCGAUAGCUCCCCAUCCGAGGCUCCUGCGUAUGACUUCACUACCAAGUUUACUGAAGCAAAAGUGCAGUCUAAGACUAUUGAGGUUGAGCUUCGUAAGUUGGAGGUGAACCAAGCCAACGAGCAUAUCCGUCUCCUCACAUCCUUCAUGCCAGACUCAUUCCUACGCAGAGGAGGUGACCAUGAUUGUGUCCAUGUACUGAUGUUGGUGUCUCGCAUGCUGGCCAAGUCUAAGCUUCUCAUCAGUCACAUUAAAGAUAAGGCUGAUAUACCGGAGACAAUGAACCGAGAGCAGGUACUUCGUCAUAACCAUGGGGAGCAGCUCUCUUUCUUCAACUCACUCACCUUCAUGAUGCAUAAACUGAGGACGAUCCUCAACAAGUAUCAUACUGCCCUUAGUACCUGCAGUGUGGAGCUCUUCUGCAAGAUUGGAACGCUUUUCCCUGAGAUAGCACCACAUGAACGAUGUGUUGAUCACAUGCUAGAUCUCUUGAAAAAGGAUCAGCUUGACGAGAAUGUCUCCAUGGAGUCCCUGGAGCGAGCCAUUGAAUACCUAGAGCAUCUCUACAGCGUUCAUCUUCUCCAGGAGGAGAUUGAUACUACUAACCUCAUGGCAAAUCAUAUUUCUUUCAUGUCGUCUGGAUCCGACUGUGUCGCCCUCGAGGUCAAGAAAUUAAGAGUUCUCAUGCAGGCCAAUCAAGAGACGGCUGAUUUCUCAAUCUUGAUGCGUGAUAUGGAGAGUACUAACACAGAUCUCAAACAGUUCGCAAGAAUGAUUCGUCGACGUCUACCAAGCCAAGCUUUGGAGUCUACCAUGGAUGGUCCUAGUCCAGGCCCAACCUCAAUCUCCUAUGGUGUUGAUGUUCAAAACUCGCUUUAUGAGAGUGCUGAUCUUAUGAUGAAGGUGGUAACCGCUUUGAAGGACUGUGGACACCAUGCCAUGAAGCAUGCUAGCUCUCUUGCUGACGAGGCAGUGAAGAACAAAAACAAGUCCGAUGAAGAGGAGGCCAAAGAUACUGAUGGUAUACCUGUGAAGAAGUUGGAACAACUUGCCGAUAGGUCAUCGGAACUUGCCUUUGGAAAGGCUGACAAGGGACCAUACCAGAGCUUCAGGGAAUGCCUGGUAAAGGCCAUGGUGAUUCUGAAUAAGAUCAGCACAGCAAUGCAAGAGGGAGAAUAUGAUGCUAACAUUCCACAAGACAAGAUCCAACCCCCAGUUGAACGCCGUGCAGUAAAAGUGAAGUCAGAGAUAUGUGAUGCCGAAGGACUUGGUCAUAAACUCGAGAGUAAGGAAAGUGAGAUGAAAGAAAUGAAACGACAACUCAAACAAAAGCAAGAUGAAGUGAGUACAAGUCAGGUCCGUCUUGGUCUGGUUGAGAAGAAACUAGAGAACGCAAGCCGUGAUGCUGAGGACAAGGUCCGCAAGGUUGAGCAGAAGCUGUCUUCGGCUCAAGAACAGGCAAAGAAAAAAGAAAAAGAGUUUGAGGCUACCUUAGACCAUAUGCAGGUGGACAUUGAUUCUCUUGAGCAAGAGAAGAGUGAACUCAAGCAGAGGCUGACUCAACUAUCCAAGAGGACAUUGCUUGACAGCAUUACCAGGACCACACCACAGUCUGGUGUCGCUGUGGCUAUGUCAGGAGGGGCUGGACAAGGUUCUGGUUCACCUGCCGGCCCUGCAGUAGGGUCAGGGGGCGGAGGUCAGGUCAUGGUCAAAGAUUCUCCCAUGUUACUGCAACAGAUGGAAACACUACGCUAUGCCCUCAGGCAUGUUAAGCAUGAGAAUAUUAGAUUGAGGGCUCAGAAAAUGAAGAGUAUCAUGGAUGAAUUGCCACCUCUGAAAGUCCCCAAGAAGCCUGUUGGUAUAGCCAGCCCUACUGGGUUUGUGAAGCUAGAGACCGAGGCUUCUUCAGAGAAAGAGGAGGACACCACUGCAUCACCCAGCAAAGAUGUGGCUCAACUUACCAGGAACACUCGCAAACUCAUGCAGGAUUUACACAACCUUGCCUGUCCUACUGUGGUUGAUAUAAGCCACCGUAAACCAGGCACCGUGCCGGCCCUGGAGAAGGCCACGCCCAAGCACCAGCUGGUUGAUAGGAACUGCCGCAUCCAAGAUAUUAGCAAGAACCUCACUCAGUUGAAAAUUGAGGUGCAGAAGUUGGUGACAUCACUGAAGCCUGGGGCGCAUGUCAAAUCUGCCUUCAGUCAAUUCACUUCAACUGAAUAUUCCAAGGUCCAAGAGGAGAAAGACCAAGCAACCAAUCUAGGUAAAGUCUACAUCCCUCUAGCGUCCGGACAACAACCGACGUCUUACUCCCUCAAUCUACAGCCCCAUCAGCUCAAACAGCUCUAUGCUAGGGUCCUAUCAACAUAAAGCAUGUCCAUGUAGUCCCACAUGCUUUAUAUCAUGUGAUGAUUAAUGUAUUUAUGUGUAGUUGUUCAACUAAAGUAAUCGAUUGUGUUACCCACAUGUGCUCACCCCGCUUGAAUCAGUGAUUUAAAGCCAUUUCAGUCAUGUUUACAUAGGUAUAUUAUAUUACCCAGCAAUCAUAAAACUAUGAUUGGGUUAAUUAUGUGUUUUUUCAGAUUUCCAGAGUUCAUUUCCAAAUCAGUAAGUAUAAGAAAAUGAAAAAAAGAAAAAUAUGAAUAAUAGGAGAUUGAAUAAAGCAGACACAUUUGUGAAGCUUUAUUUCUUAUUGAGAUUAAAGUUCAAACUUUGAUUUUUUUUCACCACCCAAAAUGUUAUUAUUUUUGUAGUGGAUACAAAAUGAAUUAACGAAUAUAAUUAUUGAGAAGAAAUAACACAACUUUGGCCGUGCCACAUUAAAGCUUGUAGCACAGUUGAUUUAUAGCUGUAAUGAAUUAUGUAAAAUAUUGUUGCCCUGUAUUACGUUUGUUUAAAACUGAUAACCUGGGCCUUUUAUUGUAAUUGAUUCCCUCUUUUUAUGAAUAAAAGGUGAUUUAUAAAAAAAAAUGUAUUAUGUAAUCUUGUAGAAAUUAAGAUUAUGAAACAGUAAUAUAUUGGUUGUAAAAUCAAAGGAAUACAUACUUUGGUUUGAUGUAAAUGAAAUAGAUUCUUUAAUUCAGACCAAUUUGUAAUGCGUGGACUUUGUGAAUUAGAAUUCAUACAACACCACUUUAUCUGUAUGUAUACAAUAUGUGUACCAAUAUUAAACAGCAAAUUAAAGAAGAAAAUAUUCACUUUUUAAUAGGGUUUAUCGACAUUGUGGGAGAUUUUUUAACAAAUGAAUCUCUCAGUACAAAUACCUUUGAUGAAAUCUUGGAAUAGGCAACAAAAAUAAAAGAUCUUUAAUCGUGAUAUAGAUGGACCUCAUGGUAAUUCAACUAAGGAUCCCUACACUAUCAAGGCCAUACAUCAUGCUUUAUAAUACAGAGCCUGUCUGAAGAUUUGAUACAAAAUAAUUUUGCUCCUGCAUAAAUCUGUUGACUUGUUAAUUCUGUAAUUCCCAUAGGAUUUUGCUCAGUAACCUCCAGAUUGUGGUUGGCAAUAGGUUAAAUGCUUCCCAAAGCAAACGUAUAUGUACAUGUACAGUAUCAAAUGCCGUGACCUUAUUUAUUUAGACCAAUUAUGUAAAUAAAAGGGUAGAAAAGUAAUUGUUUUUGCCAUUAGGAGUCAAAGCCUAGUAAUAGACCUUAAGAGAGUUCAUCACCUCUAUUUGUAAUGCUUUGAGGGACAGAUAUUUCAGUGUGCAAUAUGGCAGUAUCCUAGAAUAUAAGAACAUUUUCAACUUUGUUUAUUGUGUUAAGGGAAUAGCGUUCAUAAUUUGUAUUUUUUUCUUUUUAUAAAAUUGCUAAGUCUCUUUGUGGUGAUAAAUAACUUAUUGUAUUUACAUUUAUUUUUUGAAGGUGAGGUGAGAAUCUCCUGUCAGACCUGUUCAACACA